AGUGAAGCCGGCAGGGAGAGGCCAGCAGAGGCCCGGCUCCGGCUCCGGUGGCUCUGCGGCUCCAGCUUCCCUCCUGCUCUGGCUCCCCGGGGGCUGCUCUGGAAUUCUCCCGGUGCCCACUGUUGCCAUGCACUCAGCUGGGUCUCACGGAGCCGAGUCACCUACGAACAGGCAGGAGGAGAAGGAUGCCGAGCUGGAUCGGAGGAUAGUUGCCCUUCGAAAGAAGAACCAAGCCUUACUACGAAGGUACCAGGAGAUCCAAGAGGACCGUCGGCAGGCCGAGCAGGGGGGCAUGGCCGUGACCACACCGGAAUUCCUCCGACCUGAUGGCCUCAUUGUCACUAUCAGCCAGGUUCCCGGCGAGAAGCGGGUGGUCAGCCGGAACUGGACAAGAUCCCUCAGACCUGGAGCAGCCAAUGAAAUGCUUGAGGAUGAGGGGGUGGAGGACCACAUUGGUACUUUCUGCUUGGGGGAGCGGGUGGAGCUGGCUGUGACCAUGGAAAACAAAGCUGAGGCCAAGAGGAUCGUAAGUGCGAAGCCCACCAGAGCAAGGAACCAGGGGGCAGGAGGGUCACGUGGAAGGGGCUUGGGCCGGACUCCCUCUCUGCAGAUGGCCGUCAGCUCGGAUUCUGCACGGAAAGGUGCUCGAGAGCCCCAGAAUCCAGGCCUGGUCCCGGUGGAGGGACCCUUGGAGGUGGGCUGGGACUAUGCCCAGUGGAAACAGGAGCGGGAACAGAUUGACCUGGCUCGUGUGGCCAGGCACAGAGAUGCACAGGGUGACUGGCGCCGCCCAUGGGACCUGGACAAGGACAAGCCCACGCUACAGGACCCCAGCAAGCCUCGAGAAGAAGGCCUGGCCAGGGUGGGCAGCACCAGGGGCCCCAGGAGCCACCGGAAGUCACAGCCCCCACCACUGUGUCUUGAUGGCAAAGGUGGUACUACUCGGGGUGGGCCACCCAGCAGACCCUCAGCGGUCUCAGCUACACGAAGCAAAGCCCAGGGGACAGAGAGGCUGACUGGCAGGGCCCGCAGGUGGGAAACAAAGGAAGACAAGGAGGAGCUGGAGAACCAGGAGAGAAGCCAAAGUACAAGAAAGACUCGGAGCGAGGAGGGACAUUCCCAGAAGCAGAGCAGGAUGGAGCUGGGCCGAGCCAAAAGCGCCCCAGUGGCCAGCCCAGCCCCAGUACCCCCCGGGGAGCCAAAGAGGGAGUCAGGAGCCUCUGCAGCCAGUCUGGUCCCUGGCUCUCCACAACACUCUGACUUGGUUCCCCUUGACCUUUCUCUAGGAGGGGCCAGUAGCCCUGGGUCCAGGGAGAGUGUACGUGCGCUCUCUCCGAGGCCUGGGGCCCAGGAGAACCCUGUGUCCUCACUGGAUGGUUCCAAGCAGCUCCCGGGGUGGAAUGACCCCCAGGCUGAGCUGGAACUACAGACUUGUUCUGAGCCACAAGGAGGAGCAGGGCCCCCAGAGCUCAGAGAAGACAGGUGUGGCAAGGCUGGGGCCCAGCAGGGCUUGGCACCACGAAGCAGGCCCCCCAGGGGAAUGGGCCAAAGGGCAAGGGGCACAGGAGGAGCAAGAAGCAGGACAGGAGGGCCUGGUCCUGCGGGAAGAUGCUGAGCAAAGCUCCUGUGGGCCAAGGGACCAGGCUGUGGAGAGAAGGAGGGAAGAAUGCAGGCAGGACUCUAGAGUAUAAUGGGUGUUAGGAUGCUGGUGGCUUGUGGCAGUCUGGCUGAGCAGUUGGGCAAACUCUCCGGGGUGUGUGUGUGUGUGUGUGUGUGUGUGACAUUAUGAGGGCACCUCAUGUGCACAUCCCUGGGCACAUCCCUUCCAUAGGUGUGUUUUCACCUGCAGGUAAAGCUCCUGGUGUAUUCUCAUGCCACAUCUGAUCCCUGAAGCUGUCUAGCCCUGCCCUGGGUCUACUGCUACCCAGGCCACAAGCUUCCCUGCCAUGAGAAAGCAAGGCUUAGAAGCACUCAGAACCUGGCUCUCCUGUCUUGGCCUGUCACCCCUAAGGCAUAGCUUCUCUUUCCAGCUGUGGUUUUGGCUUCUCAGGUGCAGGCCACCUCCACAGCUGGACCAGCCCAGGCUUAGGGCCCUUCCCAUGCUUCUGCCUGGCACCUGGAUGUCUCACAGCCUGGCCAUACUCAAAGAAUGGCCAAACCAGGGGAAUCUCAGUCAUCCGCUGACAGCCUCCCACCUAUCUGGAAGAGGAGGCUAAGGCCUUUCCUUCUUUCUGCUCUUUCCUUCUUUCUGAAGAAAGGGAGGCCACAGCAGGUAGGGACAGAGCUGGGGACAGAAGAGCAGAGCUCAGGUCUCUCUGUAGAAGACAGGGUCCCUGGACAGGCCUCCUCACUGAAAUGGCGUGGGGUUGGGUGGGAAGAGGAAUGGCUCUUCUCCCCAUAGUGUGAGAGGAGAGCUCAUCAUUGGGGAUAGCCUCCCCCACACCCAGUUCAGACAUCAGGUGUAGUAGCAUCAAGACAGCAUCAAGGUGGGGGGAAGGGGAGCCCCACAGCCCAGGGCCAUUUCCUGUGUCUCCUCCUUUCUCCUCUCCACCACCUCCCUGCACCACCAUCGUUCAAAAGCAGGGACUCAGACAAGGGACAGAGAAACUGACAACUUCGGGACUCUGCCUUCCUACUUGGUCUCUGUUCCCCCCACCCACCCCCAACCAGGCCCCCGGCUGGUGAAUUAUUCAGACUCCACACAAGCUGUGGCUUCCUCUCAAUUCAACAAACAUUUCCUGAGCACCCACUAGCAGCAGCGCAGCUGGUGGGCGAUGGUGACUCUGCCAGCAAGAGGGAGGGAGAAACCCAGUCAUCCAGCAGACCCAGGCUACACGGCAGAAGCCACUCUCUGAUAGGAGCUGGGGAUGGUGGUAGGAGCCCAAAGAGAACAAGCUCACCUCUGCUUGAAAAGGCAGGUACCCCUUCCUUUCUCACCACGUGUGCCCUUUACCCCCAAGCUCCUGCCUGGGUCUCCCCGAGUGGCCCCCACUGCUCCCCUUCUCUUUGGCCCUGCAGUGGCUGUUUCUCUCUGCUGAGGGUCCCAGGCCUCACCAGUCUCUCUGGCUUCUCUGGGGGAGUGUCUAGAUGAUCAUCCCCAGGGGUCCUCCACUCUCAAAGUGAGGGCUGAACUAUGGGGUCACAGCUGGGGCUUUCUCACUGGCUCCUGCUCCACCCCCUCUACUCAGGAAGCCUGAGGAGGGGUAUCUUUUCAGCUGAUCAGAUUGCUUCUCACAUAUUAAGGUGCAGAGUAAUGCGGAUUCUAAUUCAGUAGGUCUGUGGUAGACCCAGAAAUGUGCAUUUCUAAUAGGCUCCUGAUGAUAUCUAUGUUGCUAGUUCCUGGACCACAGGUUGAGUAGUAAGGGUUUGGAUUAGAAUGUAUGGAGAGGUAGGGGCAGACUGACUCUAGACUCUAAGGACUCCCCCCGCCAUGGCUGCCCCUGCCCCCAACCAGUGGAAGCUUCCUGGCUUCAGAGUUGGGUGGGAAGCUGAGACACCUGGGAAGAUGCCUGAGAGGCCAGUGAGGGGGUAGUGAGCUUCCUGUAGUGGGGAGUGAGGAAGUUGGUUGGGAAUGGGAGGAGGUGAAGGAAGUGGAAGAUGUUGGUGUGGGAUUGAUUAGAGGAAUUUUGAAAAGGCUUGGGAAUAUUCUUAGGCAUGUGGGAAGAAGACCCCUGUGAGGCAAGAAUAGGUAAGGAUGGAUGACUCUAAGCUCAAGUUUCCCCCUUGCCCUCCAGUCAUACACAUAUGCAUUUAGAGCAUGACCCUGGACUUGACCUAUGACUCCCAAAGGAUGGAGUUGGGAAAGAGCAGAUUUAGGCAGAGCCCUUGAAUUCAGAUGUCUCCAAAACUGAUCAUGAUCAAGAAUUUGAAUUCUAAGAUUCACAAACUUCUCCUAAACCCCCCAGUGCUACCAGCUGUACAGAUGGGCCCUCAUUAGAGAGUAUAUGUUUGACUAUGGGAUGGGAAUAUAGAAUUCGGGCAUCACAGUUCAGUCCUCACAACAGGACCUUGCAGGACAGAAAGUUGACUUGUGAAGGGCUAUUGAGGAAUGGGGCUUCUCUCCUUGAAGGUAACAUCCAGAAGGAUGUCAGGAAAAAGGACGUCCUGGGAGUCACUAGGGGUUGGAGAGUACAGAGACUGGCCCAGGACAUCUUCACUGUAGGAAAACCCUAGUGCUAGGCAAGUAUCACUGAGCUUUUCUCAAAAAAAGGAGCCCUUCCUCAGGAUAAGGGAACCAGCAGCUAUGGUGGUCAUCUCUCCCCCCGAGGCUGGAACCAGCUAUGGAGCAGGAGGGAAGCAUAGACAUCCCUCCACAAACCUCAGGGUCAUGGAAGCCUACAUGUAGCAAUUCCAGGCUCCUCUGUUUAAAGGCCUGGCUGAGAGACUUCCUCUUAGAUGCCUUUCUCCUUUCCAACCAACUGACAAGACUCUCCUCAAAAAUGGGAAGGUCUUCAUGAGACAGAGCAAUCAGGAACCCAGGCACAGAGCUGGAGGACUGGAGAAGGAAGAUGCCUGCAGAGCGGUAGGGAGGUGGCAGCUUUACUUCAGGCCUCCUAACAAGGAGGACGGAAGGGGCAGGGGACAGCCCUGUCCUGACAGAGGUGGGCAGCACACCAUAUUGCAAGGGAGGUAUGCUUUUUGAGAACUGGCAGUGCGGUAGAGUGGAACAAACGUGGGCCUUGGAAUUCAACAGACUGACUUUUAAUCUAGGUCUGUCAUCAGCCAGCUGGUCAAGUUUAACCUCCAAAGCCUCAGUUUUCUUUUCUGCGAAACAGGGCCACUAACAACCCUGAAGGGUUGGUUGUCAAGAGCAUUAAACAUAAGAGUAUGCAAAACACAGCCGGCCCAUGGAGUAGGUGCUCCAUGCAUAGCAGCCUGGCGCGCUCAGUAUGUGUCAAAUAAAUGAAGUAGCUAUUUGGUUUGA